AUGGGUUUCUCUUCAUUUUCUAAGCUGUCGUUUCUUGCAUCCUUUUUGCUGUUCUUCGCCUUUAGUACAACAUUUGCUCAAGAUUUCUCAAUCGUGGGUUAUUCGCCAAAAGAUUUAACAUGCAUAGAUAAACUUAUAAAUCUCUUCGAAUCGUGGAUUGAAAAACAUGGCAAGGCGUACAAGAGCCUCGAAGAGAAGCUGCAGAGGUUUGAGAUUUUCAAAGACAAUUUGAUGCACAUUGAUGAGAGGAAUAAGGUUGUUUCUAACUACUGGCUUGGAUUGAAUGAGUUCGCGGAUAUGAGCCAUGAAGAGUUCAAGAAAAUGUAUUUGGGCCUCAAGGCUGAUCAAUUGCCUAACAGAAAUCAGUCUCCCCAAGAAUUUGAGUACAGAGAUUUUGUCGAUUUGCCCAAGUCUGUUGAUUGGAGGAAGAAAGGAGCCGUUACUCGAGUCAAGAACCAAGGCUCAUGUGGAAGUUGCUGGGCAUUUUCGACAGUAGCUGCAGUGGAGGGCAUAAACCAAAUUGUUACAGGAAACUUAACUGAAUUGUCUGAACAAGAGCUGAUUGACUGUGACACAACUUAUAACAAUGGCUGCAGCGGAGGGCUAAUGGAUUAUGCAUUUUCCUUUAUUGUUGCUAAUGGUGGGCUUCAUAAGGAAGACGACUAUCCUUACCUGAUGGAGGAAGGUACUUGUGAACAGAAAAGGGGUAAAUCAGAAGUAGUCACAAUCAGUGGUUACCACGAUGUACCCGCAAAUGAUGAACAAAGUCUCUUGAAAGCACUAGCAAACCAACCUCUGAGUGUGGCCAUUGAGGCUUCUGGUAGAGAUUUCCAAUUCUACAGUGGGGGUGUAUUUGACGGGCACUGUGGAACUGAGCUUGAUCAUGGUGUGACAGCCGUAGGAUAUGGAUCAACUAAGGGUUUGGGUUACAUUAUUGUGAAGAACUCAUGGGGUCCAAAAUGGGGAGAGAAAGGGUACAUAAGGAUGAAGAGAAACACAGGAAAACAUGAAGGUCUCUGUGGCAUCAACAAAAUAGCCUCUUAUCCUACCAAAACCAAGUGA